GCACCCAGCGCGGCCGUCACCUACGAGACGUGUUGGGGCUACUACGACGUGAGCGGCCAGUACGACAAGGAGUUCGAGUGUAACAACAGCGAGAGCGGCUACCUGUACUGCUGCGGCACCUGCUACUACCGCUUCUGCUGCAAGAAGCGCCACGAGAAGCUGGACCAGCGCCAGUGCACCAACUACCAGAGCCCGGUGUGGGUGCAGACGCCCAGCACCAAGGUGGUGUCGCCGGGGCCCGAGAACAAGUACGACCCGGAGAAGGACAAGACCAACUUCACCGUCUACAUCACCUGCGGGGUGAUCGCCUUGGUCAUCGUGGCUGGCGUCUUCGCCAAGGUGUCCUAUGACAAGGCCCACCGCCCUCCACGGGAGAUGAACAUCCACAGGGCACUGGCUGACAUCUUACGGCAACAGGGACCAAUCCCCAUAGCACACUGUGAAAGAGAAACAAUCUCGGCUAUCGAUACCUCUCCCAAAGAGAACACGCCGGUCAGAUCGUCCUCCAAAAACCACUACACCCCUGUGCGCACGGCCAAGCAGACUCCAGGGCAUUAUGGGAAGGACACUUACCGAAGUGGAGGGCCUGAUCUCCAUAACUUCAUCUCAUCUGGAUUUGUCACAUUAGGAAGAGGACACACGAAGGGUGAUCAUCAGUGUAACCACCUGAUUUUAAGCAGUGCUACCCAGACCCCUACACAUGAGAAGCCACGGAUGAACAACAUCCUGACAUCAGCCACUGAGCCCUAUGACCUCUCCUUCUCCCGCUCCUUCCAGAACUUGGCUCACUUGCCCCCUUCCUACGAGUCAGCAGUAAAGACUAACCCCAGCAAGUACUCAUCCUUGAAAAGGCUAACAGAUAAGGAGGCCGACGAGUAUUACAUGCGGAGGCGGCACCUGCCGGACCUGGCAGCCCGCGGCACCCUCCCCCUCAACGUCAUCCAGAUGUCGCAACAGCAGAAGCCGCUGCCGAGGGAACGGCCCCGCCGGCCCAUUCGAGCCAUGUCGCAGGACAGGGUUCUGUCCCUGGAGCGGGGCCUGCCGGAUGAGUUCGGCAUGCCCUACGACCGCAUCCUGUCGGACGAGCAGCUGCUGUCCACCGAGCGCCUGCACUCACAGGACCCGCUGCUGUCCCCGGAGCGGACGGCCUUCCCCGAGCAGGCCCUGUCGCGGGCCAUCUCGCACACAGACGUCUUUGUGUCUACGCCCGUGCUGGACCGCUACCGCAUGACCAAGAUGCACUCCCAUCCCAGUGCCUCCAGUAACUCCUACGCCACCCUGGGCCAGAGCCAGACGGCGGCCAAGCGCCAGGCCUUCGCCUCGCGCAGACACAACACCGUGGAACAGCUGCACUACAUCCCGGGCCACCACACCUGCUACACAGCCAGCAAGACUGAAGUGACCGUGUGACUGGGCAGGCCGGGCCGCUGGGCAAGCAGGGCAGGAGCUGGGGGGCCUGGAGCGGGGCUUCCAGCCUCAUACUUCCCCCUCCCCUCGGCCUUGCCCUGGGAGUGGGGGUGGGCUGCCUUUGCCCAGAAAGCCAUACCCCAGGGGCACAGCUCAGGCGGUCCAACCUCAGACCUAGGAUCUAGAGCAUCUCUCCCCCUCUUCCACAAGAGUCACAGGGGAGUGAGGGAGGGGCUAGGCCCCUGCCUCGCCCCCCAGCCCCUUUGCCAAUCCCCUUCCAGGCCCCUCUCCUGUCCUGGGGACUCCGCUGCAGGUUCCGUCAGCCAGGAAACCCUCUCCGGACCCCGGUCCGGUGCCAGCAGGCGCAGUCAGUGGGCUGACCGGAUAGGCUAGUCCCUUCCACUCACCUAGAACCGCAUCACAGGAAUCUUCUAGUGCCUCAAAACUGCCUGCUCGCUCUUGCAGAGCCAGGGAGCUGCUGUGUCCAUAAGCACAAUAACGAUUCUUCUCUGCCUGCUGG